AUGUGUGGCCUGCACCUAAAAUUCUGUUCUCAGGAUGGUUACUGUACAGACUAUCCAACUGGUCCUUGCUGUCAUUGCCGUUCUGGUUAUUAUGGCAAUGGUAGACAAUGUUUACCCAUGGGCAUUUCUCAGCCUUUAAGUGGAAAGCUGAAUGGCCUUGUUUCUGUUGGAGACAUAAAAGUUCAGCUAAACAAUGUGGACAUCCAUGGCUUUGCUGUGGUGGGAGAAGGUCGCGUAUACAUCUCCAUUAGUCCUGUCCCAGCUCAGGCAGGCUGGGCUCUGAUGGCUGUGAGCCCGCUGGUCUCCACAUUUGGUUGGCUGUUUGCUCUUGAGCUCCAGGACCAUCUGAAUGGCUUCAGCAUAUCUGGUGCUGAGUUUUCUCAUCGGGCAGAGCUGGUCUUCAGCCCACAAGGUCAGCGUGUUACCAUUAUUCAAGAGGUUCAAGGAAUGGAUUCAUUCAACCAUUUGAAUUUUGACAUUAGGAUCAAUGGAGAUUUACCUAGCAUUCCCGAUGGUGCUAAAGUCCAUAUUCUGCCUUUUAAAGAGACCUAUCAAUACAACCAAUCAGUUGUGACAUCAUCUUCCCUGCGGGAGUACAUGGUGGUGUCAGAAAACGGUGGAUCUGAGACAUUCUCCAACAAGCUGCACCAGAACGUGAGUUUCCGUAGCUGUGAGCACAGCCCAUGGACCAUACCAGACUUUCAGCAGGUGAAUGUGGAGCAUCUGAUGGUCACGUUCACAGAAGGAACCACCCUUAGAUAUGCCAUAACCAACAAAGUGGGACCCAUAGGAGGUGAGCUACCUGGGCUUGUAGAGUUGAAUCCCUGUUCAACUGGAAAGCACCAUUGUGACCCCAUGGCUCUCUGCCUGCCAGGAGAUGGCACUCAGUACCAUUGCCAGUGUGCCGAGGGCUUCCAUGGGGAUGGACGCAACUGCUAUGAUGUAGACGAGUGCGCAGAGGGGCUCAGUUCCUGUGGUCCUCACUCCGAGUGUGUGAACAUGCCGGGUGGCCAUCACUGCAACUGUCAAUCUGGCUAUGAGUUUGAUCUCGAUUUGCAUGUGUGUGUGGGCCCAUCAUUCUCUUCUUCUACAGAUAUCGAUGAGUGUUUUCUUCAGCUCUGUCAUCCGUUUGCUUCCUGCUUCAACACCCAGGGCUCCUUCCACUGCCAGUGUUGGCCUGAAUACAAGGGCGACGGCUUCCUCUGCCAACCACCACAGAAGCCCAAACCCAUCUUAACUGUGUGCCAGCAGCACAGAGAAAGUCUGCAGGAGAAUCUAAGCAUCUACCCAGACCUGGAGGCCUUCAUUCCUCAGUGUGAUGAGAAAGGGCAGUACAAAGCCCUGCAGUGUCUGGGCACCACUGGACACUGCUGGUGUGUGGACAGUAGAGGACAGGAGAGAGUGGGCACCAGGACAAUGCCUGGCACAGCGCAUGCCAACUGUGAUCAACCAGCGGCCCUGCUUCCCCGUGUGGAGACUGUGUGCGAGCGCUGGAGGCUUUCACUCUUGACUCACUAUAAUGGUCGGCCGUCCUCUCAGGACUAUAUGCCCCUCUGUGACGCUCACGGGAAUUUCCUGCCUGUGCAAUGUUACGGCAACAGCAGUUUCUGCUGGUGUGUGGACCACCAAGGCAUAGAAAUUAUUGGAACGCGGUCCUACGAUGAUGUAAAGCCCCCCUGUAUCUCAGGUGAUGCAGCGGCGCUGAACAAUGCACUGAUGCAUCCUGUCAUAAGCUCCUCCCCUUCAGGGCCUGCUAUCCUUUACACACAAGCCUCACAGAUUGGAGUCAUUCCUCUCGAUGAAACAGACCCAGUUCAAGACAAGUCCACUGUUUUACUGGCCUUAAAGGACUCCAUCGUGAUUGGAAUCAGCUUCGACUGUCAGGAGAACAUGUUGUACUGGACAGAUUUUGGACGACGUACAAUUAACAGAGCGCUAUUAGGAUUUGGGUCUGAGCCAGAGUCUGUUAUCAGCCAAGGCUUGGUCCAGCCGGAGGGAAUUGCAAUAGACACUGUGCACAGGAAGUUAUUCUGGGCAGACAGUGGGAAAGACAGGAUUGAGACGUCCGGUCUAGACGGCAGGAGCAGACAAGUGCUGAUUGAUUCUGAUUUGGUGAAUCCCAGAGCCAUCGUAGUGGAUGCUAAGAGGGGAACCUUAUAUUGGAGCGACUGGAACCGCGAUGCCCCCAAAAUAGAGAGCUCAUCACUGGAGGGACAAAAGAGGAAAGUACUGGUUCAACUGGGUCUCAUGUUGCCCAAUGCCUUGACACUGGACUUAGACACAAAUCGCCUGUGCUGGGCGGAUGCAGGCACAAAGAAACUGGAGUGCAUAUCUCCUGACGGGACAGAGAGACGUGUGUUCCAGGAUGCUUUGGAUUACCCGUUCAGUCUGGCCAUCUAUGACAGCCACUUUUACUACACCGACUGGGAGAGGGAUGGGAUAAUGGUGAUCGAUCAGAGCACUGGGGAGAACACUGCGUAUCUCCCUAUUCAGCACUCACACUUAUAUGGGAUCAUAGUUAUUCCAUCACAGUGCCUAUAGUUUCUCUUCACUUAUAGAGACCUGUGGACUCUGCACUUAUGUAGACUAUAUGGAUUUUUGGUGUUGUAAAAGAAGUGUCAGAAAGUAAAUAAAUAAAUGAAAAUAAA